GGCCUCACUGAGAGAGACUCGACCCCGAGUGCGGCAUAGGCUCCGCCUACCGUGGCGCGCCCUUUAAAAGCAGGGCGUGACGUUCUCGCUUAGCGACUUCAUCUUUGUCAGUGAACAAAAUGGCGCCGUACUGUGUCCUGGUCGGUCGGUUACAGCAAGCCUUGAGUAAAGGUGUUCGGAGGUACCAUGCCACUCCUGUCCUGUGCCAGCGGGCCAAAGUGGCCAUGAGCCAGUUUGAGCCCCAAGAAUACGUAAACUAUGAGAAGCUUGAGAAAAACAUUAACAUUGUCCGGAAAAGACUGGACCGUCCCCUCACCCUGUCAGAGAAGAUUGUAUAUGGCCACUUAGAUGACCCUGUCAAGCAGGAUAUUGAACGGGGCAAGACCUAUCUGCGUCUGCGGCCGGACCGUGUAGCCAUGCAGGAUGCCACUGCCCAGAUGGCCAUGCUACAGUUCAUCAGCAGUGGGUUGCCCAAAGUGGCAGUGCCCUCAACCAUCCACUGUGAUCACCUUAUUGAAGCUCAGUUAGGUGGUGAUAAAGAUCUCCGAAGAGCAAAGGACAUUAACCAAGAAGUAUACACUUUCCUAGCCACAGCAGGUGCCAAGUAUGGAGUAGGUUUCUGGAAACCUGGGUCAGGAAUCAUUCACCAGAUCAUCCUGGAGAACUAUUCCUAUCCUGGGGUUAUGCUUAUUGGCACAGAUUCACAUACCCCCAACGGCGGUGGCUUGGGUGGCAUCUGUAUUGGAGUUGGUGGGGCUGAUGCUGUUGAUGUCAUGGCAGGAAUCCCCUGGGAGCUCAAAUGCCCAAAGGUAAUUGGUGUAAAACUGACUGGCGAGCUCUCAGGAUGGAGCUCUCCUAAAGACGUGAUCCUGAAAGUGGCCGGCAUCCUUACUGUGAAAGGUGGCACAGGAGCCAUCAUAGAGUAUCAUGGGCCUGGUAUAGAUUCCAUCUCUUGCACCGGAAUGGCGACUAUCUGUAAUAUGGGGGCAGAGAUUGGUGCCACCACAUCAGUUUUUCCUUACAAUCAUCGAAUGAAGUCUUAUUUGGCCAAGACUGGGCGGGCUGAGAUUGCAAAUUUGGCAGAUGAAUUCCAAGAGCACUUGAAGCCUGAUUCUGGCUGCCACUAUGACCAGGUGGUUGAAAUAAACCUCAGUGAGCUGAAGCCCCUUAUAAAUGGGCCAUUCACUCCAGACCUGGCACACACUGUGGAAGAGAUUGGCACUGUGGCAGAAAAGAAAGGCUGGCCAGUGGAUAUCAGAGUUGGUCUGAUUGGCAGCUGCACCAAUUCGAGCUAUGAGGACAUGGGGCGCUCUGCCGCCUUGGCAAAACAAGCCCUUGCUCAUGGGAUUAAAUGCAAGUCUCAGUUUACCAUUACGCCUGGCUCUGAGCAGAUCCGAGCCACCAUUGAAAGGGAUGGCUAUGCCAAACUCCUGAGUGAUGUUGGUGGAUUGGUUCUUGCCAAUGCUUGUGGGCCAUGCAUAGGCCAGUGGGACAGAAAAGAUAUCAAAAAGGGAGAAAAGAAUACAAUUGUGACAUCUUACAACAGAAACUUCACCGGCCGCAAUGAUGCCAACCCAGAGACUCAUGCCUUUGUUACAUCCCCAGAGAUGGUCACAGCCUUGGCUCUUGCUGGCACCCUGAAAUUCAACCCAGAAGUAGACUACUUGACAGGAGCGGAUGGCAAAAAGUUCAAACUGGAGCCACCUGAUGCUGAUGAACUGCCCAAACUGGGAUUUGAUCCAGGGCAGGACACCUACCAGUACCCUCCCAAAGACGGCAGCAGCCAGCACGUGGAUGUGAGCCCCACCAGCCAGCGCUUGCAGCUCCUGGAGCCCUUUGAUAAAUGGGACGGCAAAGACCUGGAAGACAUGCUGAUCCUCAUCAAGGUGAAAGGGAAAUGCACCACUGACCACAUUUCAGCUGCUGGGCCCUGGCUCAAAUUCCGUGGCCAUCUGGACAAUAUUUCAAACAAUCUCCUGAUUGGAGCUAUAAACAUUGAGAAUGACAAGGCCAACUCAGUGAGGAAUGCAUUAAACCAGGAAUUUGGCCCUGUUCCUGACACAGCCCGAUACUACAAGAAACAUGGUGUUAAGUGGGUAGUAGUUGGGGAUGAAAACUACGGCGAAGGUUCGAGUCGGGAGCAUGCAGCAUUGGAACCACGGCAUCUAGGAGGAAGAGCCAUAAUUGUCAAGAGCUUUGCCAGGAUUCAUGAAACCAAUCUGAAGAAGCAAGGCCUCCUGCCAUUGACCUUUGCUGACCCAGCUGACUAUGACAAAAUCCACCCUGUGGACAAGCUGAGCAUUGUGGGCCUGAAUGACUUUGUUCCUGGAAAGCCUCUAAAAUGCAUCAUCAAGCAUCCUAAUGGAAGCCAAGAAACAAUAGUCCUGAAUCACACCUUCAAUGAGACUCAGAUUGAAUGGUUCCGAGCUGGUAGUGCACUCAACAGAAUGAAAGAGCUGCAGAAACACUAACCCUGUGCAUAUACGCAUAUCCAGUGGACUUGAUGACUCUCCAUAAAAGUGCAAUUCCACCACUCUAUUUGGGAAUAAAUGUCUGUGAUCAAAUGUAACCUUAGGUUCCUUUUUUAUUACCGUACUCAUUUGCUGACAGUAAUAGAAGUAAUUUUAUUUUUUGCAUUAUCUGAUUUUGGCUUCCCUAGGUCCCUGCAUAAUUUGCAUUUGCAGCUGUCCCAUAUUGCUUAGUAUUUAUAAUUCUCAAUUUUCUGCCCAGUCAUUCAGUGAUGACAACAGGAUGAAAAACUAAGGAUUAGUGUUAUUGUGGAAAGAUAAAUAAAAUUGUGACAUGUCUCCA